AUGGCCUCGUACUUUGCGCGUCUGAGCCCCGUGCCCGCCUUCCCCGAAUACACCGGGCCUUACAAAGUCGGAACCGUCGAUGUCGAGAUUCCCGUAUCUGAGCUUCAGGCUCCUUCGCCUGCCCCCGAGGGCGGCGACAACAUCCACACGAUUCAGUACCGCAUGUUCUACCCGGCCGUCUCGGAGUCUGAUGAGAAGCGCAUUGGCUGGUUGCCUACUCCUCAGCGACAGCAUCUUGUCGCAUACACCAAAUUUCUUGGCAUUGGUCCCAUGCUGGCCGAAUUUCUCUCGUUUCUUCCGCGACAUCUCCAUUACACUACGAUCCCCGUCCACAAAAACGCGAACCUUCACGAUGCGACGACCGAGAACAAGCGAUGGCCGACCAUAAUCUUCUCCCACGGACUGGGCGGAAGCCGAAACUCCUACUCAUACAUCGCAGGCUCCCUAGCCUCGCACGGCAUCGUCGUCAUCUGCCCCGAGCACCGCGACGGCAGCGCAGUCGCUUCAUUCAUUCGAAUCCCCGAGACCCGAAAUGGAACCGUCACAUCGAAUGGCCGAAUCGAGAUCCCAUACCAGAAGAUUUCCCAUGACGUUUGCCCCGAGGUUUAUCUGGCGCGCGAAGCCCAGCUGAGAAUUCGAUGCUGGGAGAUGGGAUUGCUUCAUGAGGCUGUUCUUGCGCUUGAUCGUGGAACUCCCUACACCAACCUGAACCGAUCGACCCCCAGUCUUGACCAAUUCGUGGGCAAGCUCAACAUUCACGAGCCUGGAAGCAUCAUCUUUGCGGGCCACAGCUUUGGUGCAGCUACCAUCGCUCAAUUCCUCAAGAGCACAUACUACGCCAGUGUUCCCGAAGUUGCCGCCAUGGAGAAGCCCCUCUUCACACCCGCUGAGGGCAGCGAAAUCCGCCAACAGAUCUCGGAAAAGACACUCACCAUGUUGCUCGAUAUGUGGUGCUUCCCUCUGAUGGCUCCCAACUCUGAGCCACUGUUCAAUCUGCCUCUGCCCGUGUAUGCCGACAAGGCCACGGCCCCUGGAGGCAAAGCCAUCUUGGCCGUCGAGUCGGAGCACUUCUUCAAGUGGAAGGAACAUCUCAAUGCCAAGGCGCGAAUUCUGAGCCCCGACCCUACAGCCAAAAUCGUCACUCCUCAGAUUUUUGAGCGGCCUAGCGGAAUCAAGAUGUCUGAGCCCAACUUUUUCUACGUCAUCAACUCGGCUCACCUGAACCAAUCCGAUUUUGGCAUCCUCUUCCCGUGGCUGACCAAGAAGAUUUUCGACGCCGAGCAGCCCGAGCGAGCGCUGCGCCUCAACCUGCGUGCUCAGCUUCAGGUCCUCCGUGAGAACAAUGUUCCCAUCGCGCGUACAUACGUCGGAGAUCUCGUGGAUGGAACUUCCUUCGAUAAGCUCGACAAGUUCAACAAGGCAAACGGCGACUCGUGCAAGGACGGCAUCAACAACGACCAGGCCAUCUUUGACAAGAGCGGCAACAACCCCGUCGACUUCUGGCGCUGGAUCGACAUUAUCGGCCUCGGCGACGCCGAAGACAAGGAGUCGGGCAAGACUGUCAAGGAAAAGGUCGAAGAGGGUGAGCAAGAGAUGAAGGGUGAGCUGGACCCCAGCGAGGAACUGCAGGGAGUACCGCCCUCCAUCACCGGCACCGUCAGUGCGACUGCUGCGUAA